AACCAAAUUUAACACUUCAACAGUUACCUUUCUUAUAUCAGGAUAAUACUAAACAACAACAAUCAUUAACUGAUGAUACACAUCAGCAACCUUCACAACAAUCUCUACAAGCUAAUGACCAAAAUCCUACUGCAGACCAA